AUGCAAGUCGAAGAAGAAGUCAUCAAACCCCGCCGAAGCGUUGAAGAAGUGCGAAAACAGGGGAAAUGUUGGAAAUCGUUUCACACUAGCUGUAAGCUUCCCUUUCAUGUCAGGCCAGAUGACUCCGAGCAAAACCUUUGCCUCGACUGCUCGUUGUUGUCAUCCAAGAUUCCCUGGGGAAUAUUGGCUACCGAGGAUAUUUUCUGCCCGGAGUGCAAUUUACAAUUUUCGUCGCUGCACGCUCUAUACAUUCAUAUAUCAACAAGCCUUGCUUGCAAGAUCAAUGCUGCCGUUCCAAAGGAACACCUUGUCAAGAGCGACUCGAUCAAUGUACGAAUUCUCAAGCGAUCAAGGCAAAUUUGGAGUCUUUUCUGCAUUCAAUUAGCUCUGGUGGUUGUGGAAUGGCAUGGCACGCACGAUGCUCGACAGAACAACAUUCCAAAACUGGAGAUUGGAUGUGUGCAGAACAAAACAGAUAACAAUGCAACCAUAGGAGAGGGCAUUGUUAUCAGUGGAGGAAGAGUCAUUAUGCAGGGUGGCAACGCCACUCAGGACAAUGCAGCUGUUUGCGUGUACUGCUCUCGUUCUUUCAUAUCUCCUCAUGCCCUGGACGUACAUCUCUCAAGAAAUCAGUCCAAUGGAUCACUCCGAGAUAUUCUUAUUAGCGUAAUGAGAAUGCCAGAAGCUGAGAUCUUCAAAAAUGUCAAUUCCUUGCGAAAAGAAUUCAAGAGACCUCCAUCUGAUGGACAACCUUUGGAUCUCAAUGAUCUCUCUACUAUCCUGCGAAAGAUUUGCAGCAAUGAGUACAAGAUCGUGAACAACGCUCGCGAUGACAUCUUGAGGGCAAAGAAAUUGGCCAAAGAAUUUGAUUCAAAAUUCGAAUGUGAGAUGGACAUGGUACGAGGGCUUGGUGGCAGGGCAGACUUGAGCUUUUUUGAGCAUGGGGCAAGAUGGAUCGGGCAAGAAGUUAAAGUAUAUUGGCCAGAGGAACAUAGGAGAAUCAAGGCUCUGAUAGACGAUUAUGACCAAGUUGACCCAAAUACGCAUCUGUAUCACCUCUUGUAUGAGGACGAAAAUGAACAGUGGGCAGUGCUCCCUCACAAGAAUAUUGAGCUAGUUGGAUGGGAAAAUACCAAACGGAAGGCCCAUGAACUCGACGUUGUGGCGGAGGCUAAAAAGGAAUUGCGACGAAAAGCUCAGUAUGAUUUCUUUGACAACCCUGUUGAUGAAAAUCACGUUCCGGGUUAUUAUCAUCCAAACCCGGCCGCAAGGCAGCGAGGCAUGACGUCGUGGCAUACUCAAAGCAUGUGCUUUAGAUGGAUGGAAAAGAAAGCAAGCCGCAAGCAGUAUUCUUCGAUCGCAAGCAUUGAAUUCGACUUCAAUUUGAUAAUAACCAAUGCUGUAAUUUACAAUAAUCAUAAUCAUCCGAUUAAUCGAGAGGCAAGGAAGCUUUUUCAUGCAGCAAAAUCUGUAUUUUCAAAAUGGUCGAAGAAAGCAGGAGGAUAUUCGUGCAAGUCGUGUUCUGGAGAAAGCAAAGCAGACGAUCCACUGCUGAUUUGUGACUUUUGCUGUCAAUCUGUACAUCAGAUUUGUUUUCUCAAACCAGGAACCAAGGCACUAGUGUUGUGGAGUCAAGAGAUCCUUCAUCCCCUUCGAGGCGAUCUAGCUUUCUUUUGCUCUGACGACUGUCAAAAGCAAUUCCGAUCAACGUGUGGAAAAUUUCGCUUCCCGUCAACUUCUGUUCUGAGCUCUAGCACCGAGACUAUGUUCCCUCCCAGCAAAGGGGUACCAGGAAUCGAUGGUCUUGAAAACUCGCUGGAAAACUUGAGGGCCACACCGAACGGCAAUCAAAUCCGCGGAAAUGGGCCUUCAGAUGAAGCAACGGCAUCAAAGAGCGUUAACGGAAAGAGUGCAAACAAUCCUGAUCAAAGUGAAAAUUCCAAGGUAAAAGGGACAAUGCUGAAUCAACAAGAGGUGCGGGAAAAGUUAGCAAACAACAGGAAUACAACAGGGGUGCUUUCUGCAAAAGCUAUCCCAGUGAACAAUCCUAUUGCAAUUGCCAACUAUGGGAUCAAGGCUACCAACAUAGCAAAGCAAAAUUUGAGCAUUGGUAUAAUGCCGCAAGUUGGCAAUGUGAUGAAAUUGAACAAUCAGUCUAGUCCAAAACCGAACGAGCCUUACCUGUCAGCCAAACUUCCCGGCAAUAAGGACUUAGAGAAAGCUCAACAAGCCAAAUACCAUGCAUCAAUAAGAAAUCUCCAGGAUGCAUUCCGGAAGGAGAAAGAUAUUCCUCUCUAUCUUUUUGAUGAAGUGAAAAAAGUCUCUUUUGAGUAUGAAAAAGCGGUUUAUGCCUCUUCAAUACGGCCGUACCCUCAUUUUCCUUCGUCUCAACUGAAUUCUACUUCGUUUCAAAUCAGGAUUCGUCUUAUCCGGGAUACUCUGUCUCUAGUGAAUCAGCUAUCUAACGCGUGGAACAACGAAAAGAAAGUCCUCAACCGAUGUAAAGAUGUCGAAAGGGCUUUGGAAGAUGCUCUCAAGGAUGUGAAAGAUCCCCCAGAGGAGCUUCUCCGAGCUGCUGAAAGAGCCUGUGAGGAGUAUGACAGGGCGAUAUCAGCAACAAGCAUCCUUAGAGAAAAGUUCCUAUCGCUCAGCACGCUUGUCUAA